AUGGUCCAUCUUGUUCUGAAUGUUGCUUCUAGUGGAAUAGCGUCUUUGCUCUUGUCGGGAGGCAGGACAGCGCAUUCCAAAUUUGUUGUACCACUCUCUUUGAGCGAAGGUUUCAUGUGCAAUAUAUCGCAAUGCAUUGACCUUGAUGAGCUUAUAAUAAUGAGCAAAUUGAUAAUAUGGGAUGAAGCACUAAUGACGCAAAAACACUAUUUUGAGGCUUUGGACAAAACCAUGAGGGAUCUAUUGAGGUUCUCCAUAUUAGGUAGUGCUGAAAAGACUUUUGGUGGAAAGACAAUAGUUUUGGGCGGCAAUUUUAGACAUAUCCUACAUGUUAUUCUGAAAGCAACAAGACCAGUAGUUGUCGGAACAACUAUUAAUUCUUCAUACUUGUGGAUAAAUUGCAAGGUAUUAAGGCUCACAAAUAACUUAAGACUACAGACCUUAGCUUCAGAGGAAGAUAGACAGAUGGUUGAUUUGUUUUCAAAAUGGAUUGCAGACAUCAGAGAUGGGAUUGCUAGUGUUGUAAACGAUGGUUCAUUUGAGAUCAGUAUUCCGGCACAUUUUUUGUUGCACUGUAGACACGAUCCCAUAUCAACUGUAGUGGAAAGAACCUUUCCAAGCUCGAGAUAUGACAAGCUUGAUGAGUCACAGCUAGAAGGUCGAGCGAUCCUCUCGCUGACUUUAGAUGUCGUUGAUCAAAUUAAUCAUUACUAUGAUAAUAGUGGUGAUACCUUGGCUUCAGCUAAAACUGAAUUUCCUAAUUUUCAUCACGACUAUUCAACCUCAGAUCCUUUAAGGUGUGGUGUAGCGGCUCUUUUGGAUAUGGAAGAUUCGGCGGCCACACCUCACACAAAGAAUAUGGGUCUUGUUCCUCCUCUUCUCGAAGCUCCAUGUUCUCUAAACCAUUGCUAUGCAGUUGCAGAGAAUAUUCCAUUUCGUUCUUUGUAA